AUGUCUAUUAUUUUCUAUCAUUUAUCUAAUAAUAUUCAAACUUUAAUUUUAUCAUUUUCUGUUUUAAUUUUAUUAUUUAUUCAUACAACAUUACAACAAUUCAAUGAUUUAAAUCAUCAAAAUCUACCUAAAAAAUAUGCAAUGAUAACAACUGGCGGUUUACAUCAAUCAUAUUUAACACAAAAAUUAAAUCAUGAUUUAUAUGAUAAAGAUUAUUCACGUAAAGUGAAUGUUAAAGUAAGUGAUAUAUUAACAAGACAAGCUGAAGCUAUAGCUUCAUCACAAUUUUUACCAUCAUCAUUACCUUCUACUAUAAAUAGUAAAUAUAGAAUGAAUGAAAAAUCAGAAUUAUCUAGUGGAUCCCAUUCAAUUGAAACCAAUACUAAUUCAAAUCAUUUUACAAAUAAUCAAAGAGCUCAAAUUAUUGUGAAACCAUCUGAAAAUAUUGAUAAGAAUUCUUUACUAUUAUCAUCAAAAAUUUCACAACAUUCAAUAGUGAAUGAAGAUCGUUCAUGGCCACCGGAACAUUCACAUGAAUUUGAAAGAGUUGAUGUACGUGUAUUGGGUGAAAGAAUAGAUAGUAAAGCAUUACUUCAAUUACGUCCAAGUUCUACGAUUGAUUCAAUACGUAAAUUACGUCGAAUUCUUGGAUCUGAUUUACAAAAUGAUUGGAUGUCUAUAGAAAGUCCAUUAAAUUCACAAAGUUCAUCAAUUAAAAGUACACGUUCAACAUUAUCACCAAAUAUUCCUAAACCUGAUAAUUAUUUAUUAAAUAUUGUAGACGAAUUAAAUUUUACUGUUUUUCGUCCAGUUAAUAAUGAUGGAUUAAUUUAUCCAAUUAAAAUGACUAUGGAUCAAGUAAAUAUAAUGAAAACUUGGUUAUUACAACGUGCAACAUGUGCUAUGGAAUAUAAAUGGGAAGAUUUAGGACCAUUAUUUUGGCCUAGAUGGAUUAAACGUGGAGUUUGUGUGAAUACACAUUCUUGUUCUUGGCCACCUGGUAUGCGUUGUCGUUCAAGUGGUUCACGAUCAUUGAAAUUAUUGAGAUGGGUUUGUAAAAAUGAUUCAAGUAAAGAAGCAUCAAAUAGACGAAGAAGAGAAUUUCAAACGAAUUAUUUAGGUCGUCUUAAUAGAGAUACAAAUUCACAUCAAACAUAUGUAGAAGAACGUAGAACAAAACGUGUACGACGUUUAAUACGUAAAUUAAGUUUAACAGCUAAUGGUUAUCAUUGUGAAUGGAAUCGUUAUGAAUAUAUGGUCAGUGAUCAUUGUACAUGUGGAUGUGAACAAUCAUCAAUCAAUUCUAAUUGA